AUGGUUGUUGUGAUCUGGUCCUCCAGAUUGGGGGUUAGGCGCAGGGUUAACAACCCUGCCUUGAAAACAGCACUUGUUAUGAGACCAUCACGGAAUCAGCCUAGGACACAGAUAAAUGGAAUUAAGACUGGACACGGAAUUCGGAAAACUGGAAUUAAGAUCGCGACCUGGAACACACUAAGCCUUUAUCGAACUGGAGCCUGUCAAAAUCUUACUGAUGUGUUAGACACGUAUGGAAUACAGAUAAUAGCCCUUCAAGAGAUAAGAUGGCCAGGAAAAGGUCAGCUAAAAGUAGGGAAGUACAUAGUGUAUUUCUCUGGCAUGGAAGAAGGACACGCCUUUGGAUGUGGUUUUGCUGUGCAUGAAUCAUUGGAACCAUACGUAAAAGAAUUCAAUCCAAUAUCGGAAAGGAUAACCUUACUACGAGUAGAUACGAAACCACUGAAUAUAAUAUUAGUAUGCGUACACGCACCAACAGAAACAGGGGAAGAGAACAUGAAGGAUGUUUUCUAUGAAGAUCUGUCGCAAAUAUAUGAUAAACUGCCAGGAAAUGUAAUCAAACUCGUAAUAGGUGAUCUGAAUGCCAAGUGUGGAAAAGAAACACAUUUUAUGCCAAUGAUAGGGAAAGAAAGUUUACACGAAACAAGUAAUGGAAAUGGACUUAGACUUAUAUCCUUCGCAGCCGCAAAAGAUAUGAUAAUAAGCAGCACAACUUUUCCACACAAAACCAUACAUAAGGCCACUUGGAAGUCACCUGACGGGACAACUUGCAACCAGAUAGAUCAUAUACUUGUUCAAAAAAGAUUUAGGUCAUGCAUUAAAGACAUACACAGUUUCAGAGGAGCUGACUGCGACUCAGAUCAUUUCUUACUGGUAGCAAAGUUUAGGUUAAAGAUCCAGAGUGACAAGAGUUUAGUGAAUAAGAAUAGUACAAAAAUUAACCUAGAGAUGCUAAAGGACGAAAAAGUACAACAGAAAUACAUUAAAUAUGUAGGAGAGUAUGUAAAAAAUGUAAAUCUUAAUGACAUGGAUGAAGACUGGGUUAGAACUAGCAAAGCAGUUAGAGAAAUUGCAAUGGAACACAUAGGGAAAAUGAAAUGUUGA